AUUUUCCACCCUCGCUUUUUCAUAAUAUUCUAAAAAGUGCCAGAUAGUUUAGAAUCUUACAGGUAUAUCCUCCUCCGAGAGAUUAAAUGUUAUUAGGGGUUGCGUAAGAUAAGAAAUUAAGAAUCUUAUCAUAAGAUCCCCUAUAAUUUAUUUAGCUAAUCAUAUACAAGAGAUGAUUCUCUUAUGAUGUGAACGCUACAUACGUGGACGAUUGUAAUUGGUGGGAUAAAGUAAAUUUUUUGGAACAAUCAGAACAGAUUUAGGAUAAUCAUAAAAAUAAAGGGUGCAUCAUUAAAUUAAUUAGAUAUUAAUAAUAGACCUUUACGUGCAUAGAAAGGGUCAAAAGUGGAAGAAGUGAAAAGAUAGAGACCCUGACACGUGAGAAACUGCAAUCACGACCAAAGCACGUGACAAAUCCAAAGACCACUCACGUCGUCCGUUUUCCGAGGGUGUGUUAAAAAACGGGGGUCUCUCUCCUCUCACAGCAAAUCCGCUUCCCAUAGAUUUUUCUCCCUUUUGAUUUUUUCAGUUUUCGCUUAUUCGUCAGGUGAAAACAAAGAGAAGAACCAAAAAAAAAAAAAACUUAAAACGUUUCGAUCCGCGUCAAGCGAUCUCCGCCAUGUCGAUGAUGACAACUGUGAAAGUGAGCAAUGUUUCUCUAGGAGCAACCGAUCGUGACCUCAAGGAGUUCUUUUCCUUCUCUGGCGACAUUCUCUACCUCGAGACCCAAAGCGAGACAGAACGGUCCAAAUUGGCAUAUGUCACUUUCAAGGAUCUACAAGGAGCUGAAACUGCUGUUCUUCUCUCGGGAGCAACGAUUGUUGAUUCUUCAGUCAUUGUCACUAUGGCUCCGGACUACCAACUAUCUCCUGAGGCUUUAGCUUCCUUGGAGCCCAAGGAAAUUAGCAAGUCUCCCCGGGCAGGUGACUCCGUCUUGAGAAAAGCCGAAGAUGUUGUGAGCAGCAUGCUCGCAAAGGGCUUCAUUCUAGGAAAAGACGCAAUCGCAAAAGCCAAGAGCGUCGACGAGAAACACCAGCUUACAUCCACUGCAUCAGCCAAAGUCGCAUCGCUCGACAAGAAACUCGGUUUCACCGACAAGAUCAACACCGGAACAGUCGUGGUGGGCGAUAAAGUCAGGGAAGUUGAUCACAAGUACCAAGUCUCUGAGAAGACCAAAUCAGCGAUCGCUGCAGCUGAGCAGACUGUGAGCAAUGCGGGUUCGGCUAUAAUGAAGAACCGGUACGUUCUCACGGGCGCCACGUGGGUCACCGGUGCUUUCAACAAAGUGGCUAAAGCUGCGGAAGAAGUUGGACAGAAGGCGAAGGAGAAAGUUGGUAUGGCUGAGGAAGAAGACAAGAGGAAAGUGGUUGAUGAGUUUGCUAGAGUUCACUUGUCUGAAUCACCAAAGGCGCCAUCAUCUAAGGAAGAUGACGUACAUGAACCAAAACGCUCUGAAUCUCCUGAACCAAAAGAAUCUGAACAUCAAGAGCCCCAGCAGCAACAACAAUCUUCUCAGCCUGUUGGUCCGGCUCAACCUUGAGAUAUGCAGUUAAGUAAAGACUAAAGACUUUCUGAUUCUUGUUGUAAACGGUAAUACUUUGAACGAAUCUCUCCUGGAAUUUCUGAAAAAUGAAUAUCGAACUUUUCAUUUAGUACCAA